GUACUACCUUUUCUCUAUGGUUGUCUUAACUGUUAUCCGCACGGCUAUUGCAUUGCUAAAUAAACGUCAACGUGCAGUUAGACGCUUCAUAAAAGAAAAACGCUGCAUUAAUGGUUGGUUGAGUAUGAUGUUGACGGCAACUAGCGUACUGAAAACGAUUACUGCUUUAAACUGGAACAAGCAUUAGAAUGUCAAGAUCAAGUAUGUUAGCCGCUGUACUAAAAACUCACACAAGCGAUGUCAACAGCGUGGCCUUCUCAGGCUCGUUACUAGCAACAUGUUCAGGGGACAAGACGGUACGUCUGUAUAAAAUAUCUGAGAACUUCAAAGAGUUGGCGUUUUCUCCGCUCGUCGGCCAUUCAUACUAUGUUCACUGCUGUGUUUUCAGUCCAUUCGGUACCACCCUUGCAUCCUGUUCAACGGACGGAAAAAUUAUACUGUGGGAUACCAGGACAGGGCAAACGUUGAGCACAUUCAAACAUGAAAGCAAUGCUAUACUCAGAGUGUGCAGAUUCUCCCCGGACUCCAAGUACCUUGUGUCGGGUGCAGCUGACAAUAUAUUAUGUGUUUGGGAUGUAAAAGCAGGAAAAUUAAUAAAGUCACUGGAAGGCCAUGUAAAUGUUGUCACAGCCUGUGCCUUUACCCCAGACUCUGAGUUCAUCGUGUCAUGCUCGGCUAAUGGGGAUCUUCGUAUUUGGAAUGCUAGUGGUCGGAGUUCAAUGUGUCUGUUCUAUGACCCUGAUUGCCAUGAUCUUGCAGCUGGAUGUCUUGCUAUAUCUCCCACUUUCGGCUCUGCACAUCCAGAUUUUGAUUUCAGCAAGAGUGGGAUGUGCUAUUUCUUACUAGCAACAUGUGGAGACAACCUGGUGAAACUAUGGGAUUUAGAAACAAGUCCAGCAUGUUGUACAAAACUUAGAUGCGAGUUGAAAGGACAUACAGCUAAUGUAACUUCUGUGGCAUUUUCGGCCGAUGGACUUCUCCUUGCUUCUGGUGCUUUUGAUAAAACUGUUAUAAUAUGGAAUCCGCUUACAAGUGAGAAAAUACAGAUAUUAGAGGGACAUUCUCGAUAUGUUACAUCCGUAGCAUUCUCACCUGACGGCAAUUAUCUCGCAAGCGGCUCAAACGAUAAAACUGCUCAGAUUUGGAACAUCACUGAAAAUCAAGGUUUUCAUGAAUUUGUGAGUCCAGACGAUAUAACAAUUGGACAAGAAGAUUUGGUUGUUCUGCCGUCAAACUUCCAGGCCAAGAAUGCAAGAGGAGAUGUUAAUGUGGAUGCUUUGAACUUCAAUUCGAAGGCCCUGAAAGACUGGUCUGUGCAAGAUGUUGUUGACUGGCUUGAACUGCUUGGCCUGAGUCAGUACUGCGCAGCCUUUAGUGAGAAUCAUAUCGAUGGACAGGAGUUACAGGUGCUGGAUAGUGACACCCUAGCAAAUGAACUUGGCGUCAAACCUCUUGGUCACAAGAGUAAAAUAUUGCGUGGUUUAAAAGCAAUUCAAGAACAGACAUUUUUCAUUGGAAAAGAUCAAGGUGGCAGCAUUCCAGACGAGUACCUCUGUCCAAUCACGAGAGAGGUCAUGAAAGAUCCGGUAAUAUGUGCAGAUGGGUUUACCUAUGAACGAACGUCCAUAGAAUCUUGGCUACGGAAGAACAACAGCAGUCCCAUGACCAACUCACCGUUAGUCAAUUGUCAUCUGACCCCUAACAGGAGCCUAAAGACGAUUAUACAGAGGAUGUACAACCCAUGAUUAACUACUACUACUACUACUACCCAUAUAAUUUGUGCACAAAAAAACAACCAUUUUGUCAGAUUCAUCAUAUUUUAAUCGAAAUUAUCUGAAUCAGUAUUUUUAUUUUCGCCAUUCCACUGAUAGGUUAGGUUAUUUGACAACUCCAAUUCAGUUGAUCUGCUUAUUGUCCUGAUUAGUUGUUUUCAGUCUAGAUCCCGAAUUUCUUAGCAUCUUAGAGUCUUUUCUUUUGCUAUUUGAGGAUGUUGAGUGCAUCCUUGACUGAUACAUUUUUCGUAUUCGAAUGGGAACUUUCGUGCUUGACAGAAAAUCUGUUAAGUACUUUUCUUAUUCGGUUGGUUAAAUAACUCUUAACUUUUUUGUUGGGUUUGUGCUUAACCUUUGAAAGACUUUAAGUUUGUACUUGGCUAACAUACUCAACGGAUAAGUCCCAAUCGAAUGCACCAAUUGUCAUGAUCCUAGGCCUCCUUGGGUUACCCAUCCAAGUUCUGUCAAAGCCGUCUCAUUAUAUCUGCCUGCUUCUGAGUUCUUAUCAGCCUGGCUGUCAAUGACUUAGAUCUGCUGACAAAUCUCUCAAGUUCACUCCUGUUUUAAAGACACCUGGGGCCCUCUCUCAUGUUUUCUCUCUACCCCAUUAUCUGGAAUGAACUUCCACUUAUUACAGAAUUCUAGAAUGACUUAUGUCAGUUCAAAUCUGAAAUAAAAACCUUCAUUUAAGUUUUUAUUUCAGUGAGCUAACGUCUUUUCUCUUCUUUCGGCCCCCUUUUAUAUGAUUAUUGGCCUUUGGUAGUUUUGAGGGUAUGCCAUGGCAGGUACCAUGCAGAGGAUAGACACAGGCACUGUAAUAUAUAAUUUAUUGACUGAUCAUUAGUAGUUUGUGAUAUUAAUGUAUGUCAUUAACUUUAUUAUUAUUAUACAAAUUAUAUUAAACAUUUCUUUUAUUUUGAAGAACAAUUUACAUAAAGUUUUAUAUAUUUACUCUAUUAUUUAUAUAAUGUAUGCCACAAGUGUGAAUUAAUAUAGAAAAAAUUAUAAUGACAACCAAUUCUUUUUGAUUGAAUUUGAAGUGACUUCAUAAAUGCUUUAUUAUUUUUUGGAAUAUUUUAAAUGCAAUGAUGUACGAAUGUGUAAUACUCUAUUAGUUUUACUAUGUGUACAAUUACAUUUUAUGUACAUAACCCUGUAAAAUAAUUUCUGAACAUGUACAUAGAGAAAGGUAUGGGUACUUCAAGUGAUUUGCUUUUCCUGUUGGACAGUUAAAAGUAAAAAGAA